AAUGAGGAUUUCCAGCACAUCCUUCGUGUGUUGAACACGAACGCAGAUGGGAAUAAGAAGAUCAUGUUUGCUCUCACUUCCAUCAAGGGUAUUCGCCGCCGUUUUGCCAACAUCGUCUGCAAGAAGGCCGAUGUCAGCAUGAACAAGAGAGUCGGUGAACUCUCUGCUGCUGAACUUGAGAAUCUCAUGACUGUAGUUGCAAAUCCACGCCAAUUCAAAAUCCUAGAUUUGUUUAAGGAUUACAAGGAUGGUCGGUACUCACAAGUGGUUUCAAAUGCAUCGGACAUGAAACCGAGGGAUGAUCUCAAAAGAUUGAAGAAGAUCAGAAAUCAUCAGGGCCUGCGUCAUUAUUGGGGGCAUCGUGUUCGUGGGCAGCAUACGAAGAUUAUUGGGAGGAGAGGAAAGACUCUCGGCGCGUCGAAGAAGCGUUGA